GCGCGGGGCCGGUGGCGCGGCCAUGGCGGAGCGGGCCGGGGGCGGCGCGGGCAGCGGGAAGAUGUCCCUGCACAGAUGUGAAACCUGUAGCAAAGAAGCAGCUAAAUACAGAUGUCCACGAUGCAUGAAAUAUUCGUGCAGUCUGUUGUGUGUAAAGAAACAUAAGCUUGCACUGAGCUGUAACGGAGUCAGGGAUAAAACAGCGUUUGUAUCUGUAAAUGAAUUUACUGACUUGAACCUUUUGAGUGAUUAUCGUUUCCUGGAAGAUGUAGGAAGGACAGCUGAUGCUGCUGCUCGACAUUGUACUGUGCAUAGUCCAGCAACAAAAAGACUUUUACAGUGUUUGAGAAACAAAGCUCGAGGGUGUAAUAUUGAGCUGAAAACACUCCCUGUGGGAUUUACAAAAAGAAGAGAAAAUUCAACCACGUUCAAUUCCAUGGAGAACAAGUUCUACUGGCAUUUGAAGCUUGUAUUUCCUCACUGUCAUGCUGAGUACACUUUAAAACGGGUGCCUGAUGAUAAAACACUCACUGAUAUCCUUAAACCGUACAUUGAUCCAGUGGAGUCGGAUCCUGUAGUUUGUCAAAGAUUAAAAAUCUAUACAGCAUCUCCUCGGUCAGAUGUACAAAUUUUAAUGAAAAUAGAAAACAGGAGCCGAAACUCUGUCAGGUACAAUGAACUGGAUGCCAGUAGAAGCCUCUUAGACAAUUUGAAAGGCAAAGUAAUAAUUGAGUAUCCAACAUUAUUUGUGGUCUUGAAAACACUGAAGAAUGACAUGGUGGUUCUUGGCAAAGAUGGCAGUGAACCUGUAGAGAACUCGGACAGUGAAAGUUCAUCUAUUUCAUCUAUGGAGGAAGGGGAAAUUCGGGACAGUUCAUGACAGUGCUUUGAGAGGAGAGGGUGGAAUGAGCUUUUUGGGUUUUUAAUUAUUUAAUUAAAUGAUUUUUUUAUACAACUGAA